AUUCUUAUUUAUGGCACUCAAAAUCGCAGGAUACUGGAGUCGAGGACACUAUUGUGAACAAGCUGAAGCAGUACUCAAUUAAGAGUUAAGACACAGUCGACUAUGUUACUAAUCAAAUGCUGAUUACAGAUCAAACAGUCUACUUCUACGUUCUGGUGUAUCAGUGGAAAAUUUUACUUUACUCGGUCACUCAUGAGGUCUCUUUAUCUCAUUUUAGACAAGUUUCUAAAAGCAGAGGACGAAAAUAUUGAUGUAUCAAAUGGAGAUCAUUCUAGUCUCAUGGGAGCUUCCUCAUUUUCUGGGCCAUCGAUGAAUAUAGUAAGAAGCUACAGUAGCAGUUUGCCACAUUCACACUUUGUUGAAGUCCCACACAUCAGCCAGCUACAUAGUUGGGACUGCGGUCUUGCCUGUGUUUCAAUGGUUUUGAGAACUCUUGAUAUUGGGCACUGUGACCUACAUGCUUUGGGGAAGCUUUGCCAUACAACAAGCGUUUGGACUGUUGAUCUGGCAUAUAUAUUGCAGAAGUUUUCUGUUAGUUUUUGCUUCUUUACCAUAACUUUAGGAGUAAAUCCAAAAUUUUCUGUUGAGACAUUUUACAAGGAGCAAUUGACAAAUGACCUGGUACGAGUGGAUAGACUAUUCCAACAAGCUCUAGAAGCAGGAAUUAGUAUACAGCGCAGGUCAAUCAGUGGUGAAGAAAUUUCUAUCCUCAUAUUGUCAGGGAAAUAUAUUGUGAUUGCUUUGGUCGACCAGUCUAAGUUAGAUCAGGCUUGGCUGGAGGAUGUUUGUGAUUCAAGGUUCUGUGGCAGGGACUCAGGUUACACUGGUCACUAUAUUGUAGUAUGUGGCUAUGAUGCAAGCAGAGAUGAGUUCGAAAUAAGAGAUCCAGCCAACACUAGGAAAUCUACUUGGAUCUCCUUGCAGUGCCUAGAUGAAGCCCACAAAUCCUUUGGUACAGAUGAGGAUCUAAUCUUGAUCUCAUUGGAGAAGCAUGAACAAGCUGUAAAUGUAAUUUAAACCAUGUUGAACACUAAUAAUCCGUUAAUGGAGCAAUUGGAUUGUACAGUUGCAUUUUCUUUGGGUUUUCUGUAUCAUUUGUAAAUCAUUGUAAAACUAGCCUGCGUUGGAGAGGCCUGUUGAUGCUGUAUCUUACUAGGGACGCACAUUCAUGUUGUGUAUCUAUUUGAAUCUAAUGAAACGUCUUCAGAGCAAUAUUCUGUGUGUUGCAACGAACAUGAGGUUGAAGUUCUCUGUU